GCGGCCACCAGGACUUCUCCCGUCAGAGGGAAGAGCUGGGCCAGAGCCUGCAGGGCGUCGAGCAGAAGGUACAGUCCCUGCAAGCCACAUUUGGGACUUUCGAGUCCAUCCUGAGAAGCUCUCAGCAUAAACAGGACCUCACGGAGAAGGCGGUGAAGCAAGGGGAGAGUGAGAUCAACCGGAUCAGCGAAGUUCUGCAGAAGCUGCAGAAUGAGAUCCUCAAAGACCUGUCGGAUGGGAUCCAUGUGGUAAAGGAUGCCCGAGAGCGGGACUUCACAUCCUUGGAGAACACGGUCGAGGAGCGCCUGACGGAGCUCACCAAGUCCAUCAAUGACAACAUUGCCAUCUUCACCGAUGUACAGAAGAGGAGCCAGAAGGAAAUAAAUGAUGUCAAGAUGAAGGUUGCCUCCCUGGAAGAGUCCAAGGGUGAUCGCAGUCAGGACCUGAAAGUUCUGGAGAAAGGCCUGAAGGAGGUACAGGCCUCUUUGAAGUCCAGGGAGAGGGACAUCGAGGCCCUGCAGAGUUCCCUUCAGACCAUGGAGUCCGAUGUCUACACAGAGGUCCGGGAGCUAGUGAGCCUCAAGCAGGAGCAACAGGCAUUCAAGCAGGCGGCAGACUCAGAGCGCCUGGCUUUGGAGGCCCUCACAGAGAAGCUUCUGCAGUCUGAGGAGUCCUCCUCUCGCCUCCCGGCAGACAUCAGGAGACUGGAAGAGGAGCUGCAGCAGCUGAAGGCUCAGGCCCAUGGAGCAGAGGAGGCCGUUGUCUUCAAAGACUCCAAAGCCUUAGAUGAACUCCAGAGGCAGAUUGAGGGCCUAGGUGCCAGGCUGCAGUACGUAGAGGACGGAGUCUACUCUAUGCAGGUAGCUUCUGCACGCCACACUGAGAGUCUGGAAUCGCUCCUGUCCAAGAGCCAGGAGUAUGAGCAACGCCUGGCUGUGCUGCAGGAACACCUGGAAACCCUGGGGCCCUCCUCUGAUCUGGCCAGCACAGUGAAGAGCCUGGAGGAGGCCCAGCUGAUGCUGACCAGCAACGUGAAGGAGCUACAGCAGAGCCUGGGUGAGCUCCCCAACACUGUGGAGUCUCUGCAAGAACAGGUGCACUCACUGCUCAGCCAGGACCAUGCCCAGGCCAUGCCUCCUCAGGACUUUCUGGACAGGCUCUCCUCUCUAGAUAACUUGAAGUCCUCAGUGAGCCAAGUGGAGUCAGACUUGAAAAUGCUCAGGACUGCGGUGGACAGUUUGGUUGCCUACUCCGUCAAAAUCGAGACAAAUGAAAACAACCUGGAGUCAGCCAAGGGCUUGCUGGAUGACCUGAGGAAUGAUCUCGACAGGUUGUUUGUGAAAGUUGAAAAGAUUCAUGAAAAGAUCUAAAUGAACUGCUUGUGCAGGGCACAGAUUUAUAGUCCAGUUUCUUAUGACCAAAAAAAACAAAAACAAACAAAAAAAAAACAAAAACAAAAGGAAAAAACCCAUCAUUUCCUCCUGGGUGCCCUCGCACCAGUUUCUUGCCCCCUCCCCCCACUGGAAAGCACUAGACACCAUCUCAGCACAGUUGAGUGGUGUUCUGUGCCCGGUUAAUUUAUUUGCGAUUGUUACCACACAUCUUUGGUUUCUGAAAUCCUUGCAAUUGUUACCACACAUCUUUGGUUUCUGAAAUCCUGUUUCUGCUUUUGGUUUGGCUUCCUGAAGGCCCAGCCCUGUUCAGAAGAGGUGGCUUUUUGAAGGGAUGUGUCUACUGUUAGGAAGAGGGCAAUGGCCUUAACUGGGGAUUAACAGGGAGCAGAUUAACCUAAAAAAGAAAACAGAAAUCCUGUCUGGCUGACAGAUUUAUAGUAAAAACAACAACAAAAAUGGGGAGGGAGGGGAGCUUUUCUUUUUCAUUGUCUUUAAGGAAAAUUAAUUUUACUUUUUUUUCUACUCUUGGCCAGAGUUUCUGUGUCUUACUUGUCUUCCACUUAGAACUGGUAAAGAAAGGCUCAUAGAUGAGAGCUCUGAAUGGGUGGAGGAGAAGGCCCCCAAGCCUCUUCUUGAGGGUCCCUUUCUGUUGCAGUUGAGUGAUAUCAAAGGUAACUAUGCAAACUCAGCAGGUUCUGAAUGUGAAGACAGCACCCCGACGCCCCAUGCCUUUCUGUUCUGGUGAGCCACCUGUGUUACCACAUUAGGAGGGGGUCACCAAGUAAGUUUGAAAUCCUAGGGGGAGACCUUGCUGUUGUGAUGUCAGAGCUGUACUGUCCAUAAAGGAUUUGGACAUCUCCCUGGGAGAUGUAGGCCAGAUCUUUUUAUUUUAUCACAGUAUUCCUGAAGAGGUCUCCUGUCGCCUGGCCCCAUCUGUCAGUGACGAUCACUCGUGCUGCAUUUCUGUAAUUGUUCUUCCUGUAUCCUUGCCCUUUGAGCAGUGUUGUCUUUAAUGGCUGCCUUGUCCUUCCCACCCACCCCACUCCACCCCCCCCCCAAGAAAAAAGGAAAGAAAAAUUUUAAAAAAGAAAAUGCUGAAAAGAAAAACAAGGUUUGUUAAUUUACUGUGAAAUGAACUGUAUGGCUUAUUUACAGUAUUUUUAAUUCUUAAUAAACACUUGAGCUUUGUUAUGACUU